AUGAAGGAAGGCCAGAAGAACUACAGAACCACGCCCACCAGAGCUAAAGGAGACCGAAGGGACUUGCGGGAGGUGAAGUCCGUUCCACAUAGUGCAAGGAAGCUCAGUGGGGUUUCAUACGAGGGUCCUGCGUAUUGUGCCAUCGUCCAACCAGUACAGUACGGCCAUUUCAAAUCGCCCCGCGAAGCUUUCGGGAAGAGGGGUAGUCUUGCGUUCAGAAAGAAAGCCCAUACUUCUGCUUUUCCUGAUCCUUUUAGUGCUAGAACUGGGAACCUGGUUGUAAAGCUCAUUCCCGGUCUUGCAACUUGGUCAUUUGAUCGAUUUCCUUGUAAAUUCCUAAGCAUGAGAGGAAGGAACCGCUUCUCUGAGCCCCCGCUUUUGGGGGGCGGGAGACGCUAUGCCAGAUAG